AUGGCCUCGCAAUUACCAUCCGCGAUCCGGCAGUCUACCGCCAGAUUAUCUUCAGCCGCCAAGGUCCCUCUCCGGCAAACAAUCUCAGCUAGCCCAGUCUUUCAGCGCCGAUACCUCUCUGCAGUCACCCGGGGACUCGCGCUCUCACAACGACGAGGAACAUUGGCAGGAUCACACAGCUACAAGCCCCAAUCACAAUGUAAAGUCAACGGCCAGAACCAAAUUCGUCGAUUCAACGACGAGCCACCUUCUCUCCGCGAAUGGGGAUUUGAAGAAAUAAACACUGCCCUCCCUUCAUCCUCCACCUCUCCAACUCACAAACCCGUAAUCCUCAUCGACGUCCGCGAACCUGCCGAACUUAAAGGAACAGGCAUUAUACCCUCAGCCAUCAGUAUACCGCUCGCUUCCCAGCCCGACGCUAUGUAUCUGACCCCCGACGAGUUCGAGGAUCGAUUUGGAUUCCCCAAGCCGCAGGCUGAUUUUGACGGGACGCUUGUGUUUUAUUGCAAGGCUGGUGUCAGGGCUCGGGCGGCGGCGCAGUUGGCUGUGCAGGCGGGGUAUAAUCCGGAGCAGAUUGGGGUUUAUGAGGGGAGUUGGUUGGAUUGGGAAAGGAAUGGAGGCAAGGUUGAGCGGUGGGAUGGGGACGAUGAUUAA